AUGAGGGUCUUGGCCUGCCUCCUCGCUGCUCUGAUGGGGAUCCAGGCCAUCGAGCGGCUGCGCCUGGCCGACGGCCCCCACGGGUGCGCGGGCCGCCUGGAGGUGCGGCACGGCGGGCGCUGGGGCACCGUGUGCGACGACGGGUGGGACCUGCGGGACGCCGCGGUGGCCUGCCGGGAGCUGGGCUGCGGGGGGGCGCUGGCCGCACCCCGAGGCGCCUUCUUCGGGGAGGGCGCCGGGCCCGUGUGGCUGAGCGAGCUGGCCUGCCGGGGCGCCGAGGGGCAGCUGGGCCUGUGUCCCCACCGCGGGUGGAAGGCCCACGUCUGCUCCCACGAGGAGGAUGCAGGCGUCGUCUGUGCAGGUCAGCGUGUGGCCACCUCGAGGGACACAGAGGACGUGCCCUCACUCCUGGAUGGAGACCGCUGGCCGGGGCUGUCUGGGGAGCUGCGCCCCAGCUCUCAGGAGCCCCCUGUGACGCAAGCCCCCCACCAAGUUGGGACCCCCCAGAGCAGCUCCCGGAAGAAGAGCCCGCGGCCGCCCAAGCAGGCCAAGUCCACCAGGGCCCCCUCGCUGACGGCCGGAGCCCCCCGCCAGGAGCGGCUGCGCCUGGCCGACGGCCCCCACGGGUGCGCGGGCCGCCUGGAGGUGCGGCACGGCGGGCGCUGGGGCACCGUGUGCGACGACGGGUGGGACCUGCGGGACGCCGCGGUGGCCUGCCGGGAGCUGGGCUGCGGGGGGGCGCUGGCCGCCCCCGGCGGGGCCCGGUUCGGCCAGGGCUCUGGGCCCGUGUGGAUGGACGACGUGGGGUGCGGAGGCGGGGAGCAGGCCCUGCGGGACUGUCCCCGGAGCCCCUGGGGCCGCAGCAACUGCGACCACAGCGAGGACGCAGGGCUGGUCUGCACAGGCCCGGCCCCCCGGCUGCGCCUGGCCGACGGCCCCCACGGGUGCGCGGGCCGCCUGGAGGUGUGGCACGGCGGGCGCUGGGGGUCGGUGUGUGAUGACGCCUGGGACCUGCGGGACGCCGCGGUGGCCUGCCGGGAGCUGGGCUGCGGGGCCGCCCUGGCCGCCCCCGGCGGGGCCUUCUUCGGGGAGGGGGCCGGACCCAUCCUCCUGGACGACCUUCGGUGUCGGGGAAACGAGACGGCCCUGCGGCUCUGCCCGUCGAGGCCCUGGGGCCAGCACGACUGCCACCACCAGGAGGACGCGGGGGCUGUGUGUGACGGUGUGCCUCUCGUGUAUGUCCCUCCCACGGUCCCCGCAGUGGGCGGCAACGGCUCCGUGUCCAGGGAGGCAGCGUCCCGGCCCCCACCCCCCACAGCGCGCCCAGCCUCCAGGACGGCGGGCAUUUCGCCUCCGCCUGCCUCCCCCGCUGCCCCUUGGGAGCCUGGGCCCGAAGCUGGGUCCCCCCAGCUGCGGCUGGUGGCCGGACCCAGCAGGUGCUCAGGCCGGCUGGAGGUGUGGCACGCCGGGCGCUGGGGGACAGUGUGUGACGACAGCUGGGACCUGCGGGACUCGGCUGUGGUCUGCCGGGAGCUGGGCUGCGGGGGAGCUCGGCAGCCGGACCCUGAUGCUGGCCGCUUCGGCUGGGGCGCCGGCCCCAUCUGGCUGGAUGACGUGGGGUGUGCAGGCACCGAGGUGUCGCUCCUUGACUGCCCCGCCGCUCCCUGGGGGAAGCACAACUGCGCUCACAAUGAAGACGUUGGUGUCACCUGCACUGGGACUGCCGGCGUGGACUCCAUCUCAGACCCCUUCAGCUGGCGCUGGUUCCCCGGCCUGGGCCGAGACCCAGAUGCCUGGCUCCCCGAGGAGCUGGCCACCAAGCCCUCUGCAAGGCUGACCCCCAGCGUUCCUGAGAAAACCACCAAGGCCCCCGGGAAGAUGCCCAAGAGCACUAAGAAAUGGGUGGCCAAGCACACAAAGAGGCCGACCACUGAGGCCCCCGGGACGCCCACCCCUAAACAGUCCAGGGUCCCGGGCGCCCAGGGUCCCCCAGAACUGACCUCCCAGACCACCGCAGCCAUGACCUCCGGGGCCCCCCAUGGCCCGACCUCACGCACCACCACAGCGCCAAACCCCUGGCCCCCCUGGGAACGAACCUCGAAGACUGUGACAAUGCCAACCACUCAAGAUCCACAAGAGAUGACCUCUGAGGCCACAGCCAUCAAGCGAACGCCUCCAUCCUCUGCAGAGCCAUCAGCCAAGACCCCAGGAGAAGGUUCUCCAGAGUCAUCCAAAGACCCAGCACCCUCCCCGCCUGGGGGCACCCCUGGGGGGUCAGGCCCCUUCCGAGUUCGUCUGGCCGACGGGCCCAACCGCUGUGCUGGCCGGCUCGAGGUGUGGCAUGCUGGACGCUGGGGGACAGUGUGCGAUGACAACUGGGACCUGCGGGACAGCACCGUGGCCUGCUGGGAGCUGGGCUGUGGACGUGUCCGGCCCCGCGUGGGCAAAACCCACUACGGCCCUGGGACCGGGCCCAUCUGGCUGGAUGAUGUGCGCUGCAAAGGGACCGAGACCUCGCUGAGCGACUGCCCUUCCGGGGCGUGGGGACAGCACAACUGUGACCACGAGGAGGACGUGGGGCUGACCUGCACUGGCCACGCUGAUGAGGAGGACUAUCCCCCCUGGACCUGGGACCCCACCUCGGGAGAGGACCUGACCCAAGGGACCACUGCUGCAGGGGCACCUGGACACACUGUCUCCUGGGGCAGCACCCGGAGCCCCAGGGCCCCCUCCCCAGCAAUGAGGCGCCUUCCAGGCCCAGGUGCUGAGGAUGGGCACGAGCUUUCCCAGACAGCGGAAAUGCCUUCAGGAGGGGCCGUGGCCAAGCGGACCCGCCCCACGGGCGCGCCUGGACCCGCUCUUACCGCCGGCACCUCCAGGAGCCCCGGCGAUCCCUCGCCAGCUCCAAGGGUCCGUGGAGACGCAGGUUCUGGGAGGAAACCGUGGCCCGGUCCGCGGCUGCUACGGCCCACAGAGGCUCGGACCGCGCCCCCCGCCCCUUCUCCGGGCCCACCACGGACCUCCCAUUCGGCGCCACAGCUCAUCCCCGACGCAGCGUCGCCUUCGACGGAGGUGACCUCGCCCCCUCCAGACACUUUGCCACCCAGCCCAGACCUGGCCUCCUGGAGGGACUCUGACCUCGCCCAGACAACUUCUGGCCUUACGUUGUCCACCCUUGAUGCCACCGUGGUUCCAGCGCUGACCCCUGAGCUUUCACCCACCCCACCGCCCACCUUGCCCAAAGAACUGACCUCUGACCCCUCCGCACCCGCAGUUGUGACUCGUCUUUCCCCGAGUUCAGAGCUGACCCCAGAAUCUGACACAGCCCCGGGCUGGGACACCGCUCCACACCCCAGCACAGUCCCAGAACCUUCCAGAUCCCCAGACCCCUCCCCAAGCCCUCCCCCCGCCACCACGCCUCCCUCUACGACGGCGUCCCACCCCACCAUGACCCUUAACGCUACCACGACCCCUCACCCCACCACGACCCCUCACCCCUCCACGACCCCUCACCCCUCCACAACCCCUCGCCCCGCCACGACCCCUCGCCCCGCCACAGCGUCUCACCCAUCGACACCUUUCCCCGCCAUGAUCCCGCCCCCCACCCCUCAUCCCACCACAACUGCUCAACUCACAACCCCUAAACCCAUUACAGUCCCUGACCCCGUCAUGACCUCUCACCCCACCACGACCCCUCACUCUACUACAGCUACUCCCCUCACCUUGACUCCUGACCUCACCUCAACCCCUGCGAUCACUACUAAGUCGCUCCUACCAUCCUUGGAAGCAGGACUUCCCUUUCCCACUCCAGAACCCAUAGUCAAGCCCAGCCUGCGCCCCCGGUUCACCUUCAUGAGGGCCCCGCCCCCCUCCACACCCCAUACUUCGAGCCCAGAGUCCUCUUCAGCCUCAGAGUCCAGCCCCUCCUGGGCUUCUCCAGCCCCAACCGCGGACACACCGUCCACCGAGGACUUCACAGCACCCAGAAGCCAGAGCCCCAAACUGACCCCUCCACGUCCUCCGACGCCGCACUCAGCCUCCGACCCCACCACCGAGCCCCCCGACCUCCCCCAGCCCCCCACAGCCCAUCCCAUAGAUCAGCCUCCUCCCGACAGGCUCAGUCCAGGGCCCACCUCCGGUCAGAGCCCAGGCCCCGUUGGCCCGUGUGUGGCCCCAGAGCCCCCGGUAAGGGUCAUGGCUUGUGAGCCGCCUGCCCUGGUAGAGCUGGUGGCCGCCGUGAGGGACGUGGGUCGCCAGCUGCAGAGGCUGACGCAGGCCCUGGAGCGGGAGCGGCAGGAGCGCCACGCUCUGGGACUGGGGCUGACGCAGCUGGUGGAGGCUGCCCAGGGGCUGGGGCAGCUGAGCGAGGUUGUGAGGAGACUGGCCGAGGCGGCCUGGCCCCCCAGCACGCCGGCGCCCACCACCGCCGCCCCCGAGGAGGAAGAGAGGCCGCUGAGGGGAGACGUGUGACCCCACCUGGGACUCGAGGGGGCUUACGACCCUCACAACCAAAGAAGGAGAACCAAAGUGUCACAUUAAAAAC